GGACGGGGCCGUGCUGCGCUGGUGCACCACCGGGGCGCUCUGCGCCUCCUUCCUGGGGCUGGGGAUGAGCAUCGCGGUGCUGGGUCCCACCUUCCCCAACCUGGCCGCCAAUGUCGGCAGGAACGUCAGCGACAUGUACUACAUCUUCGUGGGCCGGUCCCUGGGCUGUCUGGCCGGGUCGAUGGUCGGCGGGGUGCUCUUCGACUGCAUGAACGCCACUCUGCUGCUCGCCUUAUCCAUGCUUGGAACAACGGCUGGUCUUUAUGUGAUACCCUGGUGUAAGGAAUACCUGCUUUUAACAAUCUUGAUGUCAGUUAUUGGAGGUUCCAUGGGAAUUCUGGACACAGGUGGCAAUGUACUGGCACUGAAUACCUGGGGAUCAGAGGUUGGGCCACACUUGCAGGCUUUGCACUUCAGUUUUGCUGCUGGUGCAUUUCUGGCUCCGAUCGUUGCUAAAAUGGCUGUGGUGGGUUCUGUAUCUGAAGAACUUGCAGGGGCUGAAAAGACAAGCCAGUCUGUCCUGAAGUCUCUGCCGACAGCAUCAGCUGCAUCAACUACACCAGCACCAAAAGACCGUCACGAUGAAGACUUUUUGUGGUCCUAUAUUAUCAUAGGGAGCUAUAUUCUCUUAAUUUCCAUCUUCUUUUUUGUUUUGUAUUCAAAGAGCAGCUCAGAUAGAGACAAAUCAAAGGCUGCUGCACAGAAGGGCAGGCUUACCAAAUACCACUGGCCUCUAGUUGGUCUCCUGUUCGUAUUCUUCUUGUUCUACGUGGGAGCAGAGAUCACUUACGGCUCUUAUUUAUUUACUUAUGCAGUGGUCUUUGCUGAGAUGACGGAAAGUGAAGCAGCUGCUUUGAAUUCUGUCUUCUGGGGCGCGUUUGCCAUAUGCAGAGCAGUGGCAAUAUUUGGUGCUGCUUUCCUGUCCCCUGCCACCAUGAUCGUGAUAAGUCUCUCAUGCUCUACUGCCUCCUCAUCAGCCCUGGCCUUCUUUGCACAUUACCGAGCCUCGCUGUGGGUGGGAAGUGCCGUGUACGGAGCAUCCAUGGCCACCGUCUUCCCCAGCGGCAUCGCCUGGAUAGAGCAGUACACGGUUAUUGAAGGAAAAACGGCUUCUCUGUUCGUGGUGGGCGCGGCGCUGGGCGAGAUGUGCAUUCCUGCCGUGGUGGGCCAUCUCCAGGGCAGGUUCCACCACAUUCCUGUCGUUAUGUACACUGCCUUUGCCACUUCCUUAAUGACAGUCCUGCUCUUCCCCGUGAUGUACAAACUGGCCAACGCUUCCCGGAAGAAGGACACGAAAGAAGUGACUGACAGCGAGACCAGUAAAGGUUUGUUGUCAAACUCGAGGCUUACUGAGGACGAGGAGGAAGAGGAGGAUGUGAGAGAGUGGAACGAUGCAGACUUCGAGGUCGUAGAAAUGAAUGACAAGCUGAAAAACUCUCUGACGGACACCUCCCAUAGGAUACCAGGGGACUCUGCAGCUGAAGUCUCUCUCCAGCCCCAACUGGACAAUGCAUUGGGCCAUCCUCCAGUGAUUGCUGGUGGCUCCCCUGGCAGACAAAAUGGGAAUGUUGACUCGGAGAAGAGUGAAUAGAGUCAAAGAUGACUUUUUUUUUUUUUUUAAAUGGAAAUUAAUUGAAUUGUAGUUGUUGUCAAGCGGUUCAGGAAUCCUGUCAUAGUGGUGCAGAGCUCAGUGUGUUCAUCUGCCCAGCCCUUUCUCCUCUUUCAUUUUCAGCCUGCAGGGAUGUGUCUUGGAGUGGGAAGGUCCUCAGUGCUGGGAAUGGGUCAACAUGAUAAAUGUUUGGCUAUGCCAAAACUGUUAAAACAUAAGAGAUGCUUUCUAAAUGUGAAGCACACAUCCAAGGAAGAGAUGCUGUAAUAACUGGGAAAGAAGGGGACUGCUCAGAUGACUCAGUUUUUUGAGGUGGGUGAAUGGUGCAGAUCUGAGGUCACAAAAUGUUUUCAUGAGAGAUGAGAGAGAUCUGUUAUUGGUAAUGCUGAACUUUCUUACCUUGUGAAGGAGGAAUGUUUCUACUGCAUUUGAAAGUUGUGUGUGAUCAGAUCAGUUAAAAUUUCUGGUGAUGCCCAGCAGCUGUAAAUUGAACAACCUUUUGGCAAACUACAGAAAUUUUUGGUUCUGAGACAAAGACAAGAAAAAACUGGAAAUUACUUCUUAAGAGUGAAACCACACCAAUCAUGGCACUACCACUGAAAUCGAGAAAUGUAUGCAGAAGAUGAUAAAAUUAUUAUGCAAUCUUUGAAUGGUUUGAGUUGGAAGGGACCUUUAAAGAUCAUCCAGUUCCAACCUGCUGCCAUGGCAGGGACACCUUCCACUGGACCAGGUUGCGCAGAACUCUAUCCAGGCUGACCUUGAAAACUUCCAGGGAUGGGGCAUUUACAACUUCUCAGGGCAACCUGUUUCAGCGCCUCACCACCUUCACAGGAAAGAUUUUUCUUCCUUUCAGUUUGAAGCCAUUCCCCCUUGGCCUAUCACUACAUGCUCUUGUAAAAAGUCCCACUCCAUCUUUCUUGCUGGUUCCCUCCAGGUAGAAGAGAUUACUUAAUAUAUGGUGUUUUUAAGCCAGUGGUUUAAAUUAAGGUUACAGCAAUUUCUCUGGCUUCCUGUGCUAAGAUUUAACAGGCUAAUGUGUUACAAUGAAGAUUUGAGAAGGAGAGAGAAUUAUCAAUGAAUCAACCCUUUCUAAUAUGACUACUUGCCCCUGGCCAGUUGGAUUGGUGACAUUUGCAUUUAUUUCUUUGGGGGAUGACAUGGAGAUGGACUCUCCCUAGCGGAGAAGCCAUGGUUUGUAUGUGUAGGUUCAUUGCUGCUAAGCACAAAGUUCUGGGCAGGCACAGCCAUGCCAGGGAGCCCUUCCAGUAAGAGAAGAAAAAAAAGUAGCAGCAAAUGGCAAAAUCUGUCUGAAUAGUAAUCUUGCCAUUUGUCAGCUUGGAACUCCAGAUCAGUUAAGUAUUUUUUUAAGUCUAUGUGAUCAGAAUGUACUCUUGUUUGGGGUUUUUAACUUUGCACUUUUAUAAAUAUUUUUCUUGCUAAGAGGUUUCUUUUAGUAACAAAAGGGCUCUAGGUAUAACAUAGCACAGAAUCUUAGAUGUUCCCUGGGUUUCCAGGUCUGCUUUUGUUCCCUCUCUUGUCCUACAAGUGUGCAACCUGGGCUUGCAUGUCUUUUUCUCUUCUUCUGAGAAGCUAAUAAGAAGCCAGAGUCAACUUGCAGUGAAAGUUUUUUUGUUUAUAUCUCACCAUGUUGCAGGGCCUCUCUCUCUCUCUGUGCUGCUGGCACUUCAAUGCCACUGUGUUUCUGACAGAUUGCUUCUGUAGCACCUUUUUCCAGAGCAACCCAUGAACCUCCACUUUAAAAUGGAGUCUUGUUACACUUGUGGCACAAUGGUUCUGUUUGCUUGCAGGAAUGGUAAAGACUCGUAAAUGCCAGUCCCAGUCCUGGCCUAGGCACAGGUGCCAGGGGUGAGUCACUGUGGCCCUGCAUGCUGAGCUGGUUUGCCGUGGAAGUAAGUGAGGUAGGCAGAGAGAGUGGAUAGAAUGAGGGCAGCUGGAGCCUGUAUUUCACUGUUUUUCCUCUUCCCAUUUUUCCUCCUGCACCCUGCUCCAUUCAUGUGGAAAGCAGGGGGUGUCAGCUGAUGGUGAGGACAAAUCCCACUGGUGGAGGGGGAGGGAGAAGGUGCAGGACACAAGGAAAGAUAUGGAAACUGUUCUGUGGCAGCUUCCCCCUGGAGCUGCCAUCCCCCUGGCUUUACCUGCAUUGACAUUGCUAUAAAAAAGUUUCCCCAUACUUAAGAUCAUGUUGCCAGAAGAAAAUUAUCUAAAGAAAGAUACUGGGCAACCAGGAAGAUUCUAAACUCCCCCAGUUCACGUGCUAAUUUUGGAUGAAAUUCCAGAGCAGAUUGUCCUACGUGUAAGACUGUUCUUAGGGAUAGUUUACAUGGAUUGUUUACUUGAUUAUGCAAAUGAUAUAAAGUACAAAAAAACUCCAGAAAAUUAAAUCAAAGCUACAUUGGGAAAUAUGCUGUAAUCUCUUAGAAGCUGAUCUACUGCAUAUAUACAAACACUUAUUUGUGUUUCUGACCAUCUUCCAGAAAAUGUAAAAAUAUUGCACAAAAAAAAGGGGUUUUUUUGUUGGUUUUUUUUUACUGUCUGUAUUAACUCCUGUGCGAGUAACUUCAAUUCCAUCCCCAUUUCCUCCUGAAAAAGUAGGAGGCCUAUGUAGUAGAAAUGGAGGAACAGGCUGGAAUCAUGGUUAAGAGCAGCUUUUUCCCUCGAAUAAAGGAUCCAAAAAGCAGUGGCUGUAAGACAGUGGAAGCUCAAGAAUUAACUAUGUAGAAUCACUUUCCACUGAUGUGGACUUAGUAAGGACUUGGAACCUUCACUGUCUUAGUUUUGGUCUUAAACUUGAAGAGAGAUAAGAUGGACAGAAAGCAUUCUUCUUAUCCCUUAACAAGUGUGCUUCUAAUAGCAGGGGCUGCCCUUGACUGAAAAUUAAACACUUGAAGCAAUUUAAGUUUAAAACAAGAUCUAGGACAUUUCCAAGGAUGAGUCCAGCUCAUGCCAGUUCAAGGCACCCUCAGCGGUCAAGGCUUAGCUCCCUGCUCUUGGAUUUUACUGUUCCUCAAGGCCUUUUUUCAGACAAUGAAUGUUAGUUUUCAUAUGUUAAAAUUUCCUUUCAAAAUGCUUCCUGGCAUGUACAGCUGAAGUGAAGAUCUAGUUACAGUGCAGAUCUAUUUUAAGUUACAGGUGGUUCUCCAGAAAGCUCAAGUACUUACAUGUUAGGGGUUGAAAUCACUUUGAGUAACUGUAUUACAUUACUAUUGCCCUGCUUAUGCUAGAAAAGCCAUCCCUCUGUUGAAGACAAGAGCUUUAAGCCAUGGAUGCAGUACCUGAAUUUGAUAAGAAUCUUCUUUUUGUCCACAAAAAUAAGGCAUAAAAAACCCCCAAAACUAUUCCACAAAAACCAGGAAUAGUUUGAAGAUGAGUGCUCUGCUCCAGUGUGAAAGUUAACCUCUUCCAGCUAAGUGUCAUUUAAUACUUUAUUUAUGCUGAGGCACUGCCAAGUGCUGGACUGUAUUGCAAGCACUCACUCCUGGCAUUUGCACUUUUAUCCUCUACAUGACCAAUGCUUGAAUGCAAGACCAGGCAAAGUUUUAUGCCUUGAUGUUUUCUUUCUUUUUUAAAGUUACUUUGCAUACAAGUGCAUUGCAAUCUGUGGAUGUUCUAUUAUAUAUGUAGUAGUUUUUAUUCUGCUUGAUGUGCGUUUUAAAUUGUACCGUGUUCUGUGACAUUUAAUAGACUAACUUGUGUCUUGACUGUAAUAAAUUUUUAUCUGGAGAAUGCA